AUGAUAAAUCGCUUCAAGCCGCGGGGAGCCCCCCACCCGCGCCCCCCGGGGAGAGGCCAGGGAGGCCUGGCGGCGGCGCCCACACGGCCCCCUCCCCGUCGUGUCUCCCCAGAGCUGCAGCAGUUCUACAACAACCAGGGCCGGCUCCCCGACGGCAGGGUGGUGCUGUGCUUCGGGGAGGAGUUUCCGGACAUGACUCCUUUGCGCUCCAAGCUCAUUCUCGUGCAGAUUGAGCAGCUGUAUGUGCAGCAGCUGGUGGAGGAAGCCAGGAAGAGCUGUGGCCCCAGCUCCGUGGUGCAGCCUCCCGAGGAGCCGCAGCAGGACCAGGUCUUCCGGAUGUUUCCGGACAUCUGCGCCUCACACCAGAGACCUUUUUUCAGAGAAAACCAGCAGAUCACGGUUUAAGUCUCUCGCUCGGGCACCCCGUCCUGCCCACAUCUCGAAUUUCCUUAUCACAAUUACUGUCGUAAUUAUUGAAGAUGUGGGUCCCUCUGCCCUGACCACGGCCUGCGGCGUUUCUAGCAAAUAGCCGCUUCCGGGGAGAAGAAAAAUCGGAGUAGGAGAUCCACGCGUCAGCAAAGUCUGCUUUUUGUCUUUGCCUUGUGUUAGAGCUACAGAUUCACGAUUCCAUAGGCUUGCUUCUGCGCGGAGCGUCUUGACUUUUAAGCAUGUUGAUAAGAUUUAGAAAUUCUUAGAAGGCAGCCUGCCGUUAGCAAGUGAGAAAAAACUCUUGGCUUUUGUUGGAGGAACUCGCGUCGUCCCUGGGACCCGAGAGCAUGUCCAUCCCCAGGGCAGCCGGUGUGCUCGCUCCUCCGGACUCUGGAGUUUCCCCUCAAAAGCUUCCAGCUCAAUGUGUUUUGCUGGUUUUUUUUUUUUUUUUUUUGGUUUUUUUUGUUUUUUGUUUCUGUAAUCGGAUCACCCCAGAUGCCCCUCUCUGUCCUUCGCCCGGAAUGGUUUCGACCUAUUUCUAAAAAGACUCAUUCUUCCAGCUGUCCUGUGUUCCACAUCCGAUUGUAAACUGCUAUGAAUUUUUUUUUCCAUAAAGCGAGUAGGAUAUAAACCACAAAUUCAAGGAGUAAAGUCACUGUAGGUUACAAAAAGGUAAUUGUAGGUUUGCGAGCAUUUUGAUGGGUGCCGUUGAGUCAGUCGACCCACGGGCCAGCCGGUGGUGGUCGUGGUGCGCGUGUGGACGCGGCCCGGGCGGGUUGGGGGCGGUGGGCGCCCUGGUCAACGGGGCGGGUGGCGGCGGGGACACGGACCCCGGGCCUGGGGCCACACCACAGUCUACGGUCAGCAGGGUCCCAGCUGUGGGCCCAGAAGAACGUCACGCCGUUUGCCGCCCAGUCGGACGCACUUAUUUCCCCACCAUGUGCCACAGUGCGGGACAUGUGUCAAAAGGGCGCGGACGGGGCAGCCUUCCCGCCGACUGACCGCGUGGACGGGACACGCCCCUCACCGCCGCUCCGAAACCACGGUCAUUGUUCAGAAGCGCAUGAAUGUUUUUUUCUGGGGGAAGAAAAGCCAGCUGUGUUUUGCUUGAUUGGGGCGCCUCCGCGCCGUCGGGGUGUCCCGUGUGGCAUGCUGGGACCGGCAGAGGUUGGCCACUGCGGGUGGCUCAGUGUGGACGCCAGGACGCCGGGCGGGGCAGGUCUGCGGGCUGUCCUUCCCCCCCCUGCGCGAUGGGGGGAAGAGUCUGCGCCCCGUUUUCCUCCUUCACAACCCAGCCUCGUGCCUCCGGCCUGACCCCGGCCGCAGGGCACCAAGGGGCCUCGCCCGCAGCCUUCACCUCGCGGGGCGGGAGCGGCCGGCCUGGGGGGACGAGAUGGCCAGCCUGGCGGCCGCGAGUCUCUGCCUUGAAAUCCAAGCUGAAAAAGCCCGGUUCAGCUUCCGCACGGCGGCCUUGGUGAAGGUCGUUGGGCACAGUGUACACAGGACUCUAUUAGGCCCUAUAGACGUGUUUGAACUCACCUGAGAAUAUAGGAAAAUUCAGCAGAAGCAGCUUUUCCUCUUUGCAAACAGAGCCAGCCUCCCGGCGUUAGGGAUGACACACCUGUUCUCCGAAAUUACGUCGCACAGCAGUGAUUCUGGUUUGUAGCUCAGACGAAUGGUGAACCGUGUUAUCGUGAAUAUGCUAAAUGAAUAUUUAUUUUUGUAUCCAUUUAAAACAUAUGUUGAUCUCUUUUAUUCUUUAUUAAAAUAAAGUGCCUU